AUGGGACAGUGUACACAGUGCCAGGCUGGGACACAGUGUACACAGUGCCAGGCUGGGAGAGUGUACACAGUGCCAGGCUGGGACACAGUGUACACAGUGCCAGGCUGGGACAGUGUACACAGUGCCAGACUGGGAGAGUGUACACAGUGCCAGGCUGGGAGAGUGUACACAGUGCCAGGCUGGGACAGUGUACACAGUGCCAGGCUGGGAGAGUGUACACAGUGCCAGGCUGGGACAGUGUACACAGUGCCAGGCUGGGACAGUGUACACAGCGCCAGGCUGGGACAGUGUACACAGUGCCAGGCUGGGACAGUGUACACAGCGCCAGGCUGGGACAGUGUACACAGUGCCAGGCUGGGACAGUGUACACAGUGCCAGGCUGGGACACAGUAUACACAGUGCCAGGCUGGGAGAUUGUACACAGUGCCAGGCUGGGACACAGUGUACACAGUGCCAGACUGGGAAAGUGUACACAGUGCCAGGCUGGGACAGUGUACACAGUGCCAGGCUGGGACAGUGUACACAGCGCCAGGCUGGGAGAGUGUACACAGUGCCAGGCUGGGAGAGUGUACACAGUGCCAGGCUGGGACAGUGUACACAGUGCCAGGCUGGGACACAGUGUACACACUGGGCACAGUGCCAGGCUGGGACACAGUGUACACAGUGCCAGACUGGGAGAGUGUACAGUGCCAGGCUGGGAGAGUGUACACAGUGCCAGGCUGGGACAGUGUACACAGUGCCAGGCUGGGACAGUGUGUACACAGUGCCAGGCUGGGACAGUGUACACAGGCUGGGACAGUACACAGUGCCAGGCUGGGACAGUGUACACAGUGCCAGGCUGGGACAGUACACAGUGCCAGUGGGACAGUGUACACAGUGCCAGGCUGGGAGAGUGUACACAGUGCCAGGCUGGGACAGUGUACACAGUGCCAGGCUGGGACAGUGUACACAGCGCCAGGCUGGGAGAGUGUACACAGUGCCAGGCUGGGACAGUGUACACAGCGCCAGGCUGGGACAGUGUACACAGUGCCAGGCUGGGACACAGUAUACACAGUGCCAGGCUGGGAGAUUGUACACAGUGCCAGGCUGGGACACAGUGUACACAGUGCCAGACUGGGAGAGUGUACACAGUGCCAGGCUGGGACAGUGUACACAGUGCCAGGCUGGGACAGUGUACACACUGCCAGGCUGGGACAGUGUACACAGUGCCAGACUGGGACAGUGUACACAGCGCCAGGCUGGGAGAGUGUACACAGUGCCAGGCUGGGACAGUGUACACAGUGCCAGGCUGGGACACAGUGUACACAGUGCCAGGCUGGGACACAGUGUACACAGUGCCAGGCUGGGACAGUGUACACAGUGCCAGGCUGGGACAGUGUACACAGUGCCAGGCUGGGACAGUGUACACAGUGCCAGGCUGGGACAGUGUACACUGUGCCAGGCUGGGACAGUGUACACAGUGCCAGGCAAGGACACAGUGUACACAGUGCCAGGCUGGGACAGGCUGGGAGGGAGGGAGGGAACACCAGUGGUCACCACAAGGCCGCGGCGGCUGUGUCAACGUUAAUAUCAGCUAAACUUGAACACAAACUCAAACCUCAUAAUAUUUUUAAAGCUUGA